AUGACUUUAAAAAUAUCUAUCUAUCUAUCUAUCUAUCUAUGUGUAAUCAUUCCUUAUCUCAGUUUAUUUCGUAUCUAUCUAUCUAUCUAUGUUUUAUUUCGUAUCUAUCUAUCUAUCUAUCUAUCUAUGUGUAAUCAUUCCUUACCUCAGUUUAUUUCGUAUCUAUCUAUCUAUCUAUCUAUGUGUAAUCAUUCCUUACCUCAGUUUAUUUCGUAUCUAUCUAUCUAUGUUUUAUUUCGUAUCUAUCUAUCUAUGUGUAAUCAUUCCUUAUCUCAGUUUAUUUCGUAUCUAUCUAUGUGUAAUCAUUCCUUAUCUCAGUUUAUUUCGUAUCUAUCUAUCUAUCUAUCUAUGUGUAAUCAUUCCUUAUCUCAGUUUAUUUCGUAUCUAUCUAUCUAUUUAUCUAUGUUUUAUUUCGUAUCUAUCUAUCUAUCUAUCUAUCUAUCUAUCUAUCUAUGUGUAAUCAUUCCUUAUCUCAGUUUAUUUCGUAUCUAUCUAACUAUCUAUCUAUCUAUGUGUAAUCAUUCCUUAUCUCAGUUUAUUUCGUAUCUAUCUAUCUAUCUAUCUAUGUGUAAUCAUUCCUUAUCUCAGUUUAUUUCGUAUCUAUCUAUCUAUCUAUCUAUGUGUAAUCAUUCCUUAUCUCAGUUUAUUUCGUAUCUAUCUAUCUAUCUAUGUGUAAUCAUUCCUUAUCUCAGUUUAUUUCGUAUCUAUCUAUCUAUCUAUCUAUCUAUCUAUGUAAUCAUUCCUUAUCUUAGUUUAUUUCGUAUCUAUCUAUCUAUCUAUCUAUCUAUCUAUCUAUCUAUUAGGUGA